GAGAAAGCGAUUCGUUUCCUUUCGACGCGUAUUCCCUGACCGACAAGAACUUGUUCUUGCAAAAUCAGAUUACAAUUCCAUACUUGGAAUCUCGAAAUUUUUAACGAAAUUAGUCAAAUUUUCGUCUCGAGUACUAAAAGAAUCAAAAAAUGUCAUCGCUUGCUGCUGCAAGAGCAGAUAAUUUUUACUAUCCUCCGGAAUGGGAACCAAAAAAGGGUGGGUUGAACAAAUUCCAUGGACAACAUGCUUUGAGGGAGAGGGCAAGAAAAAUAGAUCAAGGCAUCUUGAUUAUAAGGUUUGAGAUGCCAUUUAAUAUUUGGUGUGGUGGAUGUGAGUCCAUGAUUGCAAAGGGUGUACGAUUCAAUGCAGAGAAAAAACAAGUGGGAAAUUAUUACUCCACAAAGAUAUGGAGCUUUACAAUGAAGUCCGCGUGCUGCAAACAUGAGAUUGUUAUUCAAACAGAUCCAAAGAAUUGCGAGUACUUAAUUAUUAGUGGAGCCCGCCGAAAGAUUGAGGAGUAUGACGCAGAGGACGCUGAAACUUUGCUACUUCCGGUCGAUGAGGAUAGAAACAAGCUGGUUGAUCCUUUUUACCGUCUUGAACACCAGGAAGAAGAUAUAAAGAAGAAGAAAGAAGCAGAGCCUGUAUUGGUGCGUCUUCAGCGAGUUUCUGAUGCUCGGCAUUCAGAUGAUUAUGCCUUGAACAAGGCACUCAGAGCUAAGCUUAGGGAUCAAAAGAAAAGAGUAGCUGAAGAAGAGGCUAUAUCUAGGAAAUCGGGACUUGGGAUAAGACUUCUUCCAUCUUCUGAAGAGGAUGCUGCUGCGGCUUCCCGCAUAAAAUUUGCUUCCAAGUUUGACAAGAACCGAAAGGACAAAAGGGCGCUAAUACAGUCUGCUUCAAUAUUUUCUGGAUCGUCUGGAUCUGCGUCUGAUAAAAGACGCUUGGAUCUUGAAGCUAAGAGAAGAAAAAUAAAUACCGCAUCUGCAUCGAAGUUAUUGGUUGGAGGAUUUAAGCCAUCAUCGUGGUCUCAUGCUGCUGUUCCUUCAGGAAAAUUUAACAGGGCUUAAAAUGAUCCCUCAUGCAUGGAGGAAUAUGCAGUUUCUCAUUACUCGUGAUGGAUUUUGAGUUCAACUUUUGGCCUAGUGACCAAUCAAACUGAGUUUGUGUACAUAUAUGCUAUACAUAGCGUGUAAUACAAGAUUUUCAUGUCCCUCCUGCACGUAGUUUAUGUUUUCAUCUUAUAAUAAUUUUCUUGUGAACAUUUGAAGAAUUAUAUCAAUGUUAUUCUUGAAUUGAUAUAUUUAAA